ACUUGGAUUCCGAUUCUUCCCAACCGAUUUCAUGUACGCCAUGAAAUGCUCGCUUGGUCACCAUUUCUCUCACGGUUCUCUCACGCCCCUCUCAAGCGUCUCCCUCAACCCCGCUGCUUCCGUUUUAAACUACGCUCAGGGAGUGUUCGAAGGAUUAAAGGCGCAGAGAAGUGACGAGGGAAGAAUAUUGCUGUUCAGACCAGAAGAGAACGCGAGGCGGAUGAAGAUGGGAGCAGAAAGAAUGUGCAUGCCUUGCCCUUCGGUUGAGCAAUUUGUUAAUGCCGUGAAGCACACUGUGAUUGCCAAUCGUCGUUGGGUUCCUCCGCCAGGAAAAGGGUCUCUGUAUAUAAGGCCAUUGCUCAUAGCUAGUGGCGUUGCUUUAGGACUCCGGCCACCUCCUGAGUUUACUUUCCUUACUUACGCUUCUCCUGUCAAUUCUUACCACAAGAGUCCACUUGACCUUAAAGUGGAGAACAAGCUGUUCCGAGCAAUAACUGGGCAUGGUGGAACUGGAGGGAUCAAGAGCAUCGCCAACUAUGCCCCUGUCUUCAGAGCAAUCAAUGAAGCUAAAAUACAGGGGUUCUCUGAUGUCUUGUUCUUGGACGCUGCAACUGCAAAUUAUAUAGAGGAAGUUUCUUCAAGUAAUGUGUUUGUUGUCAAGGUCAUGGAACGUGAUGUUGAAGUGGAGGAAACGCUGCAAGCUGAUGAAGUUUUCUGCACUGGAACUGCCAUGGGUGUCAAGUCUGUUGCAUCUGUGACCUAUAAUAACAGAAGAGUUGAAUACAAAACAGGAGCUGACAGUGUGUGUCAAAAACUGUAUGACACCCUGGUUGGUAUUCAAACAGGACUUGUUGAGACCACAAAGAACUGGAUUGUUCAAGUAGACUGAGCAAUGAGCGUUACCUUCAUUAUAUGGAUUUGAUUUUGGAGAUUUGCUUAUUGACCUUUGAUGAUUUGUACAUUAUAGGGAAUGAGGAAUAAAGAAAAAUAAUAGAGGAAAAUUAAUAUCCCAAAUAGUUUAUUUACUGUUUUAUUAUUAACUUGUCUCUUUCUUUAAUCAUUUGGUGCUGAGUGCUAUGAAUUCCCAACCUGCGACAAAUUUCAAGAGUUUGUUUCAGGAUUUUCAA